CCCUGCCGCCCCCUUCCCUUUCCCACCACCGUCAGCGCCUCCCUGCGCACAUCUCAUCCCACCGCUCACCGGCCCAGCAUGGCCGACAAUAGCCAGAAGGCGGAAGACGUCGGCGAGCUGAGCGUGGAGAAGGCGAUCGCCCGGAAGAAGAAGCAGCAGCAGCCCCCGCCCCCGCCGCGCUCCUCGCCCCGCCGCAAGAAGACGGGACCCACCGUCACCCAGCGCAUCCUGCAGGUGGCGGCGGCCACCAAGGAGCGUCGGGGCAUCUCGCUGGCCGCCCUCAAGAAGGCGCUUUCGGCCAAGGGCUACGACGUGAGCCGCAACAACACGCGGGUCAACCAGACGGUCAAGCAGCUGGUGCGCAACGGCUCGUUGGUGCAGACGGCCGGGGUGGGAGCCGCGGGCUCUUUCCGCUUCAACCGCUCCCGGACCCGCCCCGACACGCCGGCCCUGGGCGGCGCCCUGGGAGGAGGAGGAGUGGCGGCGGCUGCUGCUGCUGCGGCGGCGACAGUGACCCUCCCGGCGGCGGCGGCCGGAACGGCGCCGCUCAAGGACGAGACCGGCGGCGGAGCCCCCAAGAAGAAAGUGUCGGCCCCCACCAAAGUCACGCCGGCUGCUUCCAGGAAAGGGUCGCAGACCAAGAGCUCGGCCGCCGCCAAGAAAUCCCGGGCAGCCGGCGCCGGAGCCGCCGCCCGCCGCAAGGGGGCGACCGCCAAGCCCCGGAAGGCGGCGCCGACCCGCCGCAAACUCAAACCCGCCCGCCGACCCGGUGCCGCCCGGGGCAAGGCAGGGAGGCCGCGGCCCUACCGCCGGAACAAGCCGCUCCGGGGCGGCAGGAAGACGGCGGCCGGCGCCAACAUCCACCGCCGGCGGCCGUCCGCCGGCUCCAAACCCAAGAGGUCGGUGGGGCGCCCGAGGAAAUAUCCCCCGUUCGGGCCCAAGAGGGUAAAUUACGCCCGUCGGUAAAGAGAUGAAAUUUCAUCUCUCUCCGUGGAAGAAAAAAAAGGCACUAAACCAAAACACAAAAGGCUCUUUUCAGAGCCACCGAAUUUAGCGAAAGGGAGCGGAACCAAGUAAGCUGCCAAAUAUUUUCUUCCGAGGAUUGGGCGGGACCGGUUAGAAAAUUAAUAGAUUUAGA